AUGGUAAGCUUCCUCUGGGCAGUGGUGGCAGCCUCGGCUUUGGGCGUCGCGUGGGGCAACCCUUUGGCUCGCCGGACCUUGCAGCUACACGAGGCUCGUGCAGCGGCUCCGAGUGGUUAUACGCUCAUUUCUUCUGCAUCCCCGGACACGGUACUCAAUCUUCGGGUCGCACUGGUGCAGAGCAAUAUCGACGGACUGCUUGACACACUCUACGACGUCAGUGAUCCCGAAAGUCCGAACUACGGCGAAUACCUAACUAAAGAAGAGGUCGAAGCCUAUGUCAAGCCGACGCAGGAUAGCGUCGAGGCUGUUAACGCAUGGCUUGGGGACAACAACCUCACGGCAACGCCCGUAUCACCUUCGGGCGACUGGGUCGAGGUCAAUAUCCCAGUCAGCAAAGCAAAUGAGCUCCUGGACACGGACUUCUCUGUCUUCAGACACGAAGUUACAGGCACGCAGACAAUCCGGGCUUUGCAAUACUCGAUCCCUGUGGACCUAGCGGAGCAUGUGGAUCUCAUUCAUCCCAUCACCAGCUUCCCGGUGCAAAUCGUGAACAACACUGCACCCGCUUUUGUUGCGGCCGCAAGCCCCCACAUCCCGGCCGUUACCCGUGAUACAUCGAAUGUCACCGCUGUUUGCGGACCUUACAACCGGUCGAACAUCACAGUAGCAUGCCUCCAGUACCUGUAUGGCAUUCCGACCACUACCGCGACGAAUCCCGACAACGGCAUCGUGGUCGCCGGAUAUGUAGAGCAAUACGCGAACGCGAACGAUCUGAAAAUAUUCCUGGAGCAGUACAGGCCAGAUAUAAACCCUUCAACGACCUUCGCGACAGAGACGAUUGACGGAGGCAGUAAUCUGCAGAAUGUUACCGCUGGAUCUGAAGGGAAUCUCGAUAUACAGUAUACCGUCGGCCUUGCCACGGGCGUUCCAGUGACCUACCUCCUGGCCGGAAACGACACACAUGACGGGCUGUCCGGCUACCUCGACACGGUGAAUUAUGUCCUCAAUCAGGCAUCGCCACCCCCGGUGAUGACGACGAGCUACUCCGCCAACGAAGACGUGAUCUCGGAGAAACUGGCGUACAACCUUUGCAACGCGUAUGCGCAACUCGGCGCGAGGGGUGUCUCAAUCUUAUUCUCUUCCGGCGACGGUGGCGUCUCAGGUACAGGCUACCAAGAUUGCACGACCUUCGUGCCUACGUUCCCCAACACGUGCCCAUACGUGACUUCGGUUGGUGCCACGGGUGCGGACAUCAACUGGGCAGACCAGCAAGGCGUGCCCUUCUCGGGCGGCGGCUUUUCCAACUACUUCCCCAUGCCGACCUACCAGUCUUCUGCGGUCUCGGCUUACCUCAAGCAGCUCGGCAGCAAUGACACAGGGCUAUACAACGCGUCCGGUCGCGGCUUCCCGGAUGUCAGCGGCUUCGGCGUGGAUUUCGCUACCGUGGUCGGUGGCGCCUACGCUCCGACGACGGGCACGAGCUGUUCGACGCCAAUGUGGGCGAGCGUCAUCGCGCUGCUGAACGACGAGCUGCUCAAUGUAGGCAAGCCCGUGCUGGGCUUCUUGAACCCGUGGUUGUACUCGAAGGCAGCGGGUGCAGUGACAGAUAUUGUGAAGGGAAAUAACAAGCAGUGCCUGGAGUCCGAUGGCUCCGUGGCUGGCUUCGUGGCGACGACCGGGUGGGACCCUGUCACCGGUCUGGGGACUCCUCUCUACGACAAAUUGAGAGCGGCGGCAGGGCUCUGA